CGACUACCGACAGACAUGCUCAGCAUCAAACUCCCACAGCUGUUUGACAUCCACCAGGUCCCCAAGGUGUUUCGGGAAGAUGGUAUCAUAUCGGGCUACCGCCAUCCCCAGAGCUCUGCCCUUGACUGUAUUCUCAGCAGCUUCCAGAUGACCAAUGAGACAGUCAAUAUCUGGACCCACUUCCUGCCAACAUGGUAUUUCUUAUGGAGGUUUUGUAUGCUCUGCUCCACCCUGAACUUCCUGACAGAGAGUUAUACCUGGCCGCUGCUGGUCUACAUGCUGCUGAUCUGUCUUUACCCGUUCACCUCCAGCUGUGCCCACACCUUCAGCACCAUGUCUCCAGAGGCACGCCACAUUUGCUACUUCUUUGACUAUGGAGCCCUCAGUCUCUACAGCCUGGGCUGUGCCGUUACCUAUGGCUCUUAUGUAAUGCCUGACUGCUGGGUCAACACUUGGCUCCACCAGCACUUUGUGGUUAUCGCCAUUGGCAACUCUCUCCUCUGCACCAGCAUGUCCUGCUACUCCAGAUUCCUUGAGUUGCAGUUCCCACACAGAAGUAAAAUCCUGCGCACAGGGGCAUUUGUUUUCCCAUUUAUCUUCGAUAACAUCCCUCUGUUCUACAGACUGCUGCUGUGCUGUGGGGGGAGCUGUAGUCACAGUGAGGCUCUGUCCAGUCACUGUUACCAUCUACUCUUUGCCUUCCUUACAUGCUUCCUUUUUGCAUCGCACCUGCCUGAGAGACUGGCUCCGGGUCGUUUUGAUUACAUUGGCCACAGUCACCAGCUCUUCCACAUCUGCGCUGUGGUGGGCACACACUUUCAGAUGGAGGCCAUCCUCACAGACAUGACAUCACGCAGAGAUUGGCUCAUUUCAAAUUCAGCCAUCCCCUCCUUCCUGGGCACAGUUGGGGCACUGGUUCUGGGUUUUCUCCUCAACCUGGGCAUUAUUGGCAUCUUCAGUGCCAGCUUGCUGUCAACACCUCACCAAAGCACUUCCGGACCUAGUACCAGCCAACCUCACCAACCCACACCCAAAAGCAAGGAGGACUGA